CGUUGCGGAAAGGGGAGAAGCGGAGAGAAGAGAGAGGGGGCGUACGUCAGUUGCCCUUCAUCACUUCAGCACCUUGAUUGAAGCCUCAUCCCCCUCUCUUCUGGGUUUUUUCGAGCUGCCGCGGGGAUAAUAGCUGUGAAAAUGGCGCAGCCGGACACCAAGAAGAUAUUCUUUGAGAACCUGUCGGGAGCGGGGAAAGCCAUCGCGGUGCUCACGAGCGGAGGGGAUGCUCAAGGGAUGAACGCUGCUGUCCGUGCGGUGGUCCGAAUGGGUCUAUACGUGGGCGCAAAAGUUUAUUUCAUUCAUGAGGGAUAUCAGGGAAUGGUGGACGGAGGGGAGAACAUACGGGAAGCCACAUGGGAAAGUGUCUCCAGCAUGCUGCAAGUGGGUGGGACCGUUAUCGGCAGCGCGCGCUGCAAAGAGUUCCGCUCUCACGAGGGCCGCCUGAAGGCCGCGCACAACCUGGUGCAGCGCGGCAUCACCAACCUGUGUGUGAUCGGCGGAGACGGCAGCCUGACGGGGGCCAACCUGUUCCGGGAGGAGUGGAGCGGCCUGCUGAACGAGCUGGUGGAGCAAGGUGUGAUCGAAGCCGAGUCCGUGCAGAAGUACUCGGCCCUCCACAUCGUGGGCAUGGUGGGCUCCAUCGAUAACGACUUCUGCGGAACCGACAUGACGAUCGGCACCGACUCCGCUCUGCACAGAAUCAUCGAGGUGGUGGACGCAAUCAUGACGACUGCACAGAGUCACCAGAGGACGUUCGUGUUGGAGGUCAUGGGAAGGCAUUGUGGCUACCUGGCCUUGGUGAGCGCUCUGGCCUGUGGCGCCGACUGGGUGCUGAUCCCUGAAAUGCCUCCGGAGGACGGCUGGGAGGACAAGAUGUGUCAGAAACUGUCUGCGACCCGCUCCAGGGGCACGAGGCUCAACAUAAUCAUAGUAGCAGAGGGCGCCAUUGACAGGCACGGGAAGCCCAUAACCUCUAGUUAUGUCAAGGAACUCGUCGUCAAAUGCUUGGGCUUCGACACGCGAGUGACGAUCCUGGGACACGUGCAGAGAGGAGGGACUCCGUCUGCGUUCGACCGCAUCCUGGCCAGCCGUAUGGGCGUGGAGGCCGUCCUCGCCCUGCUGGAGACCACCGCCAACACCCCGGCCUGCGUGGUGUCGCUGAGCGGGAACCAGUCGGUGCGCCUCCCUCUGAUGGAGUGUGUGCAGAUGACUCAAGAGGUGCAGAAGGCCAUGGACCAGAAGCGCUUUGAGGAGGCGGUGAAGCUCCGCGGCAGGAGCUUUGAAAACAACCUGAAGACGUACAAGCUGCUGGCUCACCGCAAACCGGAGUCGGAGCUGCCGGUGAGCAACUUCAACGUGGCGGUGUUGAACGUGGGCGCGCCCGCGGCGGGCAUGAACGCCGCCGUGCGCUCGGCCGUCAGGGUGGGCAUCUCCGAGGGCCACAAGAUGUUUGCAGUCAGCGACGGGUUCGAGGGCUUCUACAAAGGACAGAUUAAGGAGAUUAAAUGGGCAGAUGUUGGAGGCUGGACGGGGCAGGGCGGCUCUCUGCUGGGGACUAAAAGGACGCUUCCUGCCAAGCAUGUUGAUAAAAUUGCAGAGCAGAUGCGAAAGCACAAUAUAAACGCACUGCUUGUGAUCGGCGGAUUCGAGGCCUUCCUGUCACUGCUGGAAUUGUUAAUGGCUCGUGGGAAAUAUGACGAGUUCUGUGUGCCCAUGGCCAUGGUCCCAGCCACGGUCUCCAACAAUGUGCCGGGCUCAGACCUCAGCAUUGGCGCCGACACGGCCCUGAACGCCAUCACUACUACGUGCGACCGCAUCAAGCAGUCGGCCAGCGGCACCAAGAGGCGCGUCUUCAUCAUCGAGACCAUGGGCGGCUACUGCGGCUACCUGGCCACCGUGGGGGGCCUGGCCGCCGGCGCCGACGCCGCCUACAUCUACGAGGAGUCCUUCGACAUCAGAGACCUGCAGGCCAACGUGGAGCAUCUGACAGAGAAGAUGAAGACCAGCAUCCAGAGAGGACUGGUCCUCAGGAAUGAGAACUCCAACGAGAACUACACCACAGACUUCAUCUACCAGCUGUACACGGAGGAGGGGAAGGGAGUGUUUGACUGCAGGAAGAACGUUCUGGGCCACAUGCAGCAGGGAGGAGCGCCGUCCCCCUUCGACCGGAACUUCGGGACCAAGAUCUCGGCCAAGGCCAUGCAGUGGGUCUCCAAGAAGCUGGUGGAGACGUUCAGACACGACGAAGGCCGAGUGUUCGCCAACACGGAGGACUCCUGCUGCCUGCUGGGCAUGCGGCGCCGGGCGCUCAUCUUCCAGCCCGUCGUGCAGCUCAAGGACGAGACCGACUUCGUUCACAGGAUCCCCAAGGAGCAGUGGUGGCUGAAGCUCCGCCCUCUCAUGAAGAUCCUGGCCAAGUACAAGACGAGCUACGACGUCUCCGACUCCGGCCAGCUGGAGCACGUCGUGCACAACCGGCCCAAAGAGUCGGACGCCUCGGUGGCCAUGUAACCGGCCCGGCGCCGCCGCCUGCGUGUGAGACAGUCCGUGUGUCGUAAAGAGCCCCAGUAACAACGUGUCCUCGUGGCCGCCUUCGUUUCCCAUCUCCUGCAUUCCCUUCUCCGCUCACCAACGGUUCCAUCACACACACACACACACGCGCGCACACACUCCGCUGUCCUGCCAUGCAUCUUGUGUGUCCACGUCGUCCCGUAUGUUUUAGUGUUCACUGUCGUUUUUUGAAGUUGCACUUUGGCUCCGCGCGGACGCCGGGACGGGCCGGGGUCGCGGGGCGGGCGAGACGCUGCGUCCGCCGGGGGACGAGUGCGAAGUUCAGCGUGUUUAUGUGAGACUGAUGCAAUACAGCGUUUUCUCCUGCUGCUAGUCGAGAGAACUGCGUCCUGUGCUUUACACUGAGACUAAUAUUUAUCUUUAUUUUUAACAUUGUUUAUUUUGCUUGUAAACAUGGAUAUAUUAUUAAUUGUAGGCGCUGCUGAACCGAGUAGCCGUCUGUCAUAUUGCACCGAGUUAGAUGUGUAAAAGAGUCAUGUUUCCCACCAAAUAAACUCCCUCUUGAGAAGUGUACCCC